AUGCUCACAAAUGAACUGUAUCUUCAUUUUCCCGUUGAGGGUUAUCCUCUACAUCUAUCAACAGAUGCCAGCGGCAUCGCUACCGGUGGAGUAUUGUUUCAAGAAAUCAAUGGAGAACGUCGUAAUAUAUUUUAUCAUUCGAAACUUCUCUCUGCAAUCGAGAGAAAAUAUUCGGUACCCGAGCAGGAAGCUCUGGCAAUAUUUCAGUGCUUACAACGAAUGCGGACUUAUGUUUUGGGAAGAAUUAUUUAUGUUCAUACUGAUCAUUGUCCUAUUUGUGGCCUGUUACAAAAGCCGGUAAACAACCGUCGUAUCGAGCGCGUCGCGAACCUUAUUCAGGAAUAUAAUAUUGCAGAAAUGAAACACAUUUCAGGUAAAAGUAACUGUUUACCCGAUUUUCUCUCUCGACCCUUCGAUGAUCCUCUCUUUGAUGUACCUUAUGGUGUUGAAAGCAAACAACCACUGUCGUCUCUCUCUAUGGCAUUGCCUGUUACACCAGGUAUCUCGCCUAUGGUUCUUCGUCCUCGUCUUAAACCCACUCCUAUUACCGAUGUCGCUAUUCCAGACGAUGAAUUCAAGACCGACACCGACGAUACGGUCGAUUCGACGUCUUCUUCUCCGAUUCUUACUUCUCCAUCACCAAACACUUUUAAUUGUCAUGCUUUAAAACAAGAACAAGAUAAUGAUCCUGAUAUUCAGCUCAUCGUUGCUCAGCUCCAUAAUCCGGAUACUGCAUCGCACACGUCUUCUUCUUUUCUCAUUAAGGAUGAUCUUCUACACAAAGUUGUUACAUUGUCUCCUACUUCACCUGUCACAACUGCAGUACCUUAUCUUCCCACUUCAAUGAUUCAAUCGCUUCUAACGGCUAUGCACGAUGAUCCUUAUCAAGGUGGACAUUUUUCUACUGAUAAAAUGUAUUCAAAACUGGCUUCUCGUUACUGGUGGCCUCACAUGCGUGACUCUCUUCGACUUCACGUUCAAGCAUGUACUCUUUGUCAACAAUACAACUACAAUCGUCAGAAAAAACCCGGUCAUCUUCACCCUAUUCCUCCCACCAAUAUUCCAUACUCAGUGAUCAGCAUGGAUUUUUGUGGUCCUUUCGUUGAAUCUCCUCGUGAGAAUAAAUUUGUUCUUAUCAUUUCGGAUCUAUUCACACGUCAUGUGACAGCUGUCGCCACCUCAACUAAUACAGCCGAAAUUACUGCUAUGGCACUUUAUCGCGAAGUUUUUUGUCGUUAUGGAGUCUGUUCUACAUUGCUUACUGAUCAGGGUACCCAUUUUAACAACAAUCUCAUGCGUGCUCUAACUCAUCUUUUUGGUUAUAAUCACAUAUACAGCACUGCCUAUCACCCUCAAACUAAUGCAGUCACUGAACGUUUCAAUGCGUCAUUCAAGGUACAAAUUUCUAAACUCGAAGACAAACACCAUCACAACUGGGAUGAUUAUCUCGACCCUGUUGUUUUUGCAUACAAUACUGCAAAACAUAAAACUACACAAUUUUCACCUUUUGAAUUACUUUUUGGUCGUUCACCGCAACUACCCAUUGAUCUUCCUCCACAAUUUUAUACUUUUGCUCGUCCGAAUAUUUGCUUUGAAAAUCUUCAACGAAUUCUACAAGUUUACCAUCAACAAGCUCAAAAUAACAUUAUAGCUCAACAACAAUCUAAUAAAGUACGUUAUGAUAAACAUCGAUCUGAUCCUCAUUUUCAAAUUGGCGAUCACGUCUUUACGAAAAUUUUUACUGCACGCGGUUCAUUAGAUCCUCGUUAUUCUUCAGAACCAUCUAUUGUUACUGAAGUACGUCAUCCUACUUAUUUUGUUCGUAAUGAGUCUACUGGCGUUGUGAAACGUUUUCACGUUUCUGACAUACGUCCCGUUAUUGAAGCUUAUAACUUCGAUUCCACCACAUACUGA